AUGAAAGCAGAGAAGGAUGAUGAAGAACGACAGCAAGAGAUGAUCAAUGCCCAAGUCCGCAGAGCAUUAGAACAGCAGGGCGAAGUAUAUGAGCCUCAAGCAACCGAACUCAUAAGAUCUGAUGAAAAUGAGAAGAUCACGUUGAAUCUGAAUUUGGAUAAGAAACCAACGGUAGAGGAUUUGAAGCGACCUGUAUUCACCGGGGUGUCAGUCUUUGACCAGAUAAAAACGAAGAAAGAAGAGCCAGCAAGUGAUGAAGAAAGGCCUACAACAAGCCGACGAGAUCGAAGCAGAGACAGGGAAGAAAGGCGCGAUCGACGAGAUCGCGAUGCGAAGAAGGAGCACAGGAGUCGUAGUCGAAGUCGUGACAAGGAAAGAGAUCGUCGAGAUCGUGACAUGAAGAGAGAGCAUAGAAGUCGUAGCAGAAGCCGUGAGAGGGAGCGAGAUCGACACACGGGAAGUGCGUUUUAUUAUUUGUUCUAA